AUGGUCAUUCCGCCCUGUACUAAGGUCACCGACUUCGUUAUCCGCACCUCUCUCCAAGCUGGCUCGUCUCAGCACAGGCAUGCAAGGCAUACCUUUGAGCCAGUCGUGGAGGAGAUCUUACAGAGAUCCCAACAGGAAAGCGAGGCGUCCCGGCAGACUGCUGAUUGCUGGCAUGAUUUGGAUAACACAGAAUAUGAUUGCUGGCCAAGUAUCAAGCCUAAUGAGUACAAUAUGAUUGAUUGUGGAGGACUUGAGAUGUCUUGGGUCAAGCGUCCUCCUGAGAAAGUUAUAAGCGGGGAGGAGUUCAAUGUCACCUACACUGUUACCGCCUCUGAUUCCUUCUACGACUAUGCAGUGAAAAAUGCAAUCCUCCAGUUUAGCGACGCAGCUAGUGCCAAGUGGUUCUGUAAUGAGAAUGAAUGCCCAGAGAACUGGAAGGAUGCCGAUGAGGACAACUGCUGUGUUUAUCAUGCCAACAUCCAUUCCUGCCCACUAGCAUUCAUGAAGGAGGGUGGCAUUUGCGGUCCUUGGAUCCCAGACGAUGGUAAAAUCGUCACACACACUUUAUCGCAAGCUGGCAAAAUGUCUCAACUAAACUGGACGGCUAAGGUGGUAUUGGCCCAUCUUGGAGUUACUUCAAUGAUUGCACACAUUAAAAUCGGAAAGAUGCACGCUGCGUUAGAAGCCAAGACAUCGGUUCUCAGUGCACAAGUGUGUGGCGAUGAUAUCUGCGAGCCUGAGGAAGGGUGUUUAAAAUGUCCAGCAGACUGCGGCACCUGCCCCAUGCCACUAACUAUCAAAAUUGCGAUUGGACUUCCCGUAGCUCUUUUCUGUGGUGGCUUCAUACUAACCAUUGUGUGGCUUCAAUAUCAGAAGCAGAAGAUGUUUUGGGAUGAGAGCUGGAUCAUCCAUUUUAAUGAUUUAAUGAUUGGCAAAGGGGGCUGUGGGGGAUUCUGCAGUACCACGAGUUUACAACCUGUCAACAGCUACUCCAAGGGAAGUCAUGUCACUGAUGUUACUGUAGACACUGCAGUAGCCAAUUCCACUCUCAAACAAAACUACAUACAGAUUGGCGUUUAUGAUGGAAGGACAGUAGCAGUCAAACUAAUUCAAAAGAAACAUUUCACCCUUGUCAAAACCAUCAGGAAAGAAGUGAAGCAAGUAAGGGAACUGGAUCACCCUAAUCUCUGUAAAUUCAUUGGUGGCUCCAUUGAAGUUCCCAACGUUGCCAUAGUGAUAGAAUACUGCCCCAAAGGAAGCCUCACAGAUGUUCUUUUAAAUGAAGAUGUUCCGCUGAACUGGGGUUUUCGGUUGUCAUUUGCAACAGAUAUCGCUCGUGGAAUGGCCUACCUUCACCAGCACAGAAUCUUUCAUGGAAGACUUCAUUCCAAAAACUGCGUCAUUGAUGACAGAUGGGUUUGCAAAAUUGCAGACUAUGGCCUUGCCAUGUACAGAAAGCCGGAUUUUGAGAAAGUCACCAGUGGAUUUCAUGAAAAAAUCUCCCGCAUCUACUGUGCACCAGAGGUGUUAUUGGGAACAUGCUCCAAUGUAACUCCUGCUGCAGAUAUAUACAGCUAUUCAAUCGUACUCAUUGAGAUUGCAACUCGCUGCAACCUUAUUUCAACUGAUGUGUUAUGGCGCCCCCCUCUGCCUGAGAUAAAGAAUGAAAAAAUGGACAAUGAUUGUCCAAAGCAGGCAGAUUAUUUUGAGCUUAUCAAAAAAUGCUGGCACCAUAACCCUACUAUGAGGCCUACGUUCGAGCAGGUUAGGAAGAUGCUGGAUAGGAUGAAUCCUCACAAAGUGAGCCCAGUGGACAUGAUGAUGAACCUGAUGGAAAAAUACAGCAAGCAUUUGGAAGCGAUUGUAGCAGAAAGGACCCAGGAUCUUCUUCAGGAGAAACAGAAGACAGAUCGUUUGCUAUACAGCAUGUUACCAAAACCAGUAGCGGAUGACCUUCGUCAAGGACGUACAACAGAAGCUCAGAGCUACUCAAAUGCAACGGUGUAUUUCAGUGAUAUUGUGGGGUUUACUCAGCUCUCCGGGGCAAGCACCCCACAUCAAGUUGUUGAUUUCCUAAACAAACUCUACACUACAUUUGAUGAUAUUAUUGACAGUUACGACGUCUACAAAGUUGAGACAAUUGGAGAUGCAUACAUGGUUGUUUCAGGGGUUCCCAAUGAAAAUGGCAUUAACCACGCAGGGGAAAUUGCCAGCAUGGCACUGGAUUUGGUUGAAGUUUGCCACACCUUUGAAAUCCCACACAAGCCUGACAUGCAGCUGAAGAUAAGGGCUGGCAUUCAUUCAGGGCCUGUGGUAGCUGGUGUAGUCGGGACAAAGAUGCCUCGGUACUGUUUAUUUGGAGAUACGGUGAAUACAGCAUCAAGAAUGGAAUCCACAAGUGAAGCAUUGAAAAUACAGUGCAGCUAUAGUGCCGGAGAACUUCUGAAACAAUUGGGUGGGUAUAUCUUGGGCUGCCGUGGAUCCCUCAGUGUUAAGGGUAAAGGUGAAAUGACUACCUGGUGGCUGGAAGGCAAGGAAGUUGAUUGUGAUGCAAGAGUGACGGCUCUGACUCCUCUAGAAAACAGCCCACCUUACGCAGUCCCAGGAUACCUGAGUAACUGAGUACUGGUGAAUCUUACUAUGGGCUAAAUU